AUGGAGUGCUGCAUGUCAGAAGAGGCCAAAGAACAGAAAAGAAUCAAUCAGGAAAUAGAGCGGCAACUCCGAAAGGACAAACGCGAUGCAAGGAGAGAACUCAAAUUGCUUCUCCUGGGUACUGGCGAGUCGGGCAAGUCCACAUUCAUCAAGCAGAUGAGAAUCAUCCAUGGCUCGGGUUACAGCGACGAAGACAAGCGUGGCUUCAUCAAACUUGUCUACCAGAACAUCUUCAUGGCCAUGCAGAGUAUGAUACGUGCCAUGGAUCUUCUCAAAAUAUCAUAUGGAAAUCCGUCCAAUGGAGAACAGGCGGAGUUGAUAUCGGCGAUCGACUUUGAGAGCGUGACAACAUUCGAGAGUCCCUACGUCGAGGCCAUCAAGGGACUCUGGGCCGACUCCGGUAUUCAGGAGUGCUACGAUCGCAGGCGGGAGUACCAGCUCACCGAUUCAGCCAAAUACUACUUGCAGGAGAUUGAUCGUGUCGCGGCACCAAACUACUUACCGACCGAACAAGACAUUCUGCGCGUCAGAGUGCCUACUACGGGCAUCAUCGAAUACCCGUUUGACUUGGAAGAGAUACGAUUUAGAAUGGUGGACGUCGGCGGACAAAGAUCCGAGAGAAGGAAGUGGAUUCACUGUUUCGAAAAUGUCACAUCCAUCAUUUUCUUAGUAGCACUUAGCGAAUACGAUCAAAUUUUAUUCGAGUCUGAAAAUGAGAAUCGAAUGGAAGAAUCAAAGGCAUUGUUCAAGACGAUCAUCACGUAUCCCUGGUUCCAGCACUCGUCGGUUAUUUUGUUCCUCAACAAAAAAGAUUUGCUCGAAGAAAAAAUCAUGUAUUCGCAUCUCGUCGACUAUUUCCCCGAAUACGACGGGCCGAAAUGCGAUCCGGUCCCUGCGCGGGAGUAUAUACUUAAGAAAUACCUCAGAGAGAACCCGGACCCCGACAGGACGUGUUAUUCGCAUUUUACCACAGCCACAGGUCCGCAACGCGACGCCAGCACUGCGCGUGAGUUUAUUCUGCGAAUGUUCGUCGAUCUGAAUCCCGACGCUGAGAAAAUUAUUUAUUCGCAUUUCACCUGUGCGACGGACACCGAGAACAUCCGAUUCGUGUUCGCGGCGGUGAAGGACACGAUCUUGCAGUCCAACCUGAAGGAGUACAACCUGGUGUAA